AUUAAAUGAUAUUAAUUAAUUAAAUGGUUUUAGUGUAAUAAAUAUCAAUAAUGAGAAAUUAUCAUCCCACUGGAUUUUGGUUUUAUUUUCGGCUAAUAUCAGCUUUUAUUGGAGUUGUUGUUGGUGCAUCGGCAGGUGUAAGCUUUGCAUGGGUUUUUCAUAACAUUCAUUGCUCGAUCUGGGCAUUUACUUCUUCUAUACUGGCAUUAAUUGUUCUUAUACUGCAUUUUGUCGUGCGACGAGAUGUGACAUAUUCCAUUUCCCCUAAAAGAUUUUUGUUAUGUAUGCUAGUUGGAAUAAUCUUUGCAGUAAUUGGUUUUGGUGUAAUUGUAGGAUUCCUUAUUAAAGGAAUUAUUGACAAAGAAUCAGGAGUUCAAGUGAAAGGAAAGUUUAUUGUAACUGUAUGGGGAUUUAUGACCUGGAAAUGGGGUUUCUUAAUGUAUUAUUUUGCAAAUAACUACCAUAAAGCUCUUCUCGCUGCCACCACUGAAAUAUUGUCUACAAAUUCGAUUGAUGGAUAAUGAAGAAUGUUUUUUUUUUUGAUUUUCAUAUAUUUUUUGUUAUGGUUUUUUUUAAUUUUUUAUAUUAUAAUAGUAAAAAGUUUAAAAUAAAAUUGACAUU